AUGAGAGAAAAAUCACAUCAAUUUUCAUUAUCAGAAAGUUCUAGUUCUCAACAUCGUCCAUUAUCUAAACAACCUACAAGAGCAGCUUCUAUUCCAGUUCAUACUGCCAUUUCAUUUGACGAUUAUGUUCAUUAUGCUGCACCAAAAUCCUCAAAUAUAAAAUCAUUAUAUCCACCUGCAGCUGUCACACUUGGUAGGAAUGCGUUUGAUAGAUUUGGUGAUCAAAUUUCUGAUUUUGAAGUAAUAUCAAGUAAUGGAGAUAGAAUACCUGUUUCAAUGGCAGUUUUAUUAAAAAGAUGGGGUAAAUAUUUUGCAUUAUUACUUGCUAGAAGUUAUGUUUUAGCAGCUGAAGAUUUCGAAGCAGGUCUUACAUCAAAAUUAACUGGUGAAUGGGCAAAACUUAGAAAUGAAUCUUCAGAUAAUUUACCGAGUAAAAAUUUUGGUGAAAUACCCCAUUUUAGAAUUCCGUUUCAAGAUUCAAAAGAAUCUUUAGAUAAACCAGUCACUACAAAAUCAGAAUCAACAAGAAAAACAAGUAUGCCUCAAACUCAUGAAUUACCACCUCAACCUCCAUUACCUAAUGAACCAUUACCACCAGUUCCUCAACAAACAACAUUUAAAAGUACAUCAAGAGCAGGUUCUCAAGAUCAUAGUUCCCCUAGAGCUUCAUUGAUGCAUACUUUAUCGGUGUUGCGAAAUAUUCCAACAACUGGUAAAUCACCUAGAGAAUCACCAUUUUCAUCUCCGAGAGCUUCUUAUUCAGCUCAAGGUAGUGGGACAUCAAGUGAUCUACGAAGUUCACCUUUUCCAAAUCUUCGACCAAAUAUUGGUCGAUCGACAUCUGAACUUAAACUUUCUUCUGUGGGAUCUGGUAUAAGCACACAACAAAGUGAAGAAACUAAUCAUAGAUCAGGAGUGGAAGAUAAUCAUGAAGAUGAAAAUGAAGAAGAAGAUGAAGUAGGUAGUCUAGAUUCAGAAUAUGAAUCUGAAGAAUUAAUAACUGAAAAAAAAUCAUAUCCAAUGGAACCAGCAUUAAUACCGAGAAAAUUAUACAUACCAUUCUCAACAAAUAGUGUUAAAGUAUUUUGUGAAUUUUUAUAUACUGGACAAUUAGGUCAUAAAUGUUCAUUAUCUCCAACUUUAUUAGAUAAUUUUAUGAUAUCCAAAUUUUACAAAAUUCCAAUACUUUAUGAAUCGAUUUUGGAUAUAUUAAUAAAUAUUAUAAAAAGAAGAGAAGAUGAAGUUUUAAAAAAUAUAAAUUCAGAAAUUAGAUUAAAAUAUGAUGAAUUUAUUUAUUUUUUAAAUAAAGGAGAAAUUAAAAAGGAAAUCUUGGAAAAAUUUUCAAAUUUAAAUAACGUGGAAGAUAAUGUAUAUGAUGAAAAAAAUUCAAAUGAAAAUGAUAAAGAUUCAAUAAAUUUAGCUUAUUUAGAAUCAGAAAAUUUAUCAAUACCAAUAAUUGGACCAAGAUUUAAAUCAGUAUUUGAUAGAUCUUCAUCUUUAAAAGAUCAAACAAUUGAUGAUAACAAUUUUGAAAAUGAUGAACAAAGUAAUAAGACUAAAUUAAAUUUAAUUACAAUUGAAGAAUUGGUUGAUCCAAAUUCUUCAAUACCUAUUAGUGAUGAUGUAAUGCAAGCUAUUUUAAAUGCUGCUAUAUUAGUUAAUGAAAUGAAAAUAAUCUUAAGAGUUAAUAUUUGUGAAUUAAUCACUAAAAAAGGUUUUAUGUUAUAA